UUCUGAGCUGUGUUUUGCCAGGCGGACAUAGAGGACCUUGACAUUAUUCACUUAAAAUGUGUCUUUUGCGUCAACUUCUAUGGUUGACUGUAUAAGUAAAUAAACAUUAACAGGCGCGACAGGACAGGACUGUGCAAUAAUUUAAUGUAUGUAAAUAUGUAAUUAUGGUACUGGUGUCUGAAGCGCCUAUUGUUUGGAAAAAUUUGAAAGGAAUUUUGUGUGUUUAUAAGCCUCCUGGGGUGAAAAUAUCCUUUCUAAGAAAAACGGUUAUAACCAAUUUAUGCAAUGACCUGUGCGAGCUGCAGUGCCGGCCGCCGGGGGACCACGUGUUCAUCGAGGGAGACCCCCUGAAGGCCCUGACGGUGCGCAAGGCUCUGAGCUUCGCGGACCACGUCCUGGUGGUCGGGCCCCGCUACCAGCCGGAGGACUUGCGCUGCGGCUGGGCCAUGCACCUCGGGAGGGACACGUCUGGCGUCUGCGUUCUAGGACUGAACGAGGGGCUGCGGCUGGCCAGGCGGCUCCACCUGUCGCGGCCCACGAGGGCCUAUCACGUCAAGGGGCUGCUGGGCCAAGCCACCGACACCUACUUCGUCGACGGCCAGGUCGUGGAGAAGGCCACCUUCCACCACGUCAAGAAGAGCGUGGUGGACAAGAUCCUGGCGGCGAUGCAAGCAGCCCACCAGAAGCAGAUGUUCGAGCAGUGUGGCGUGGACAUUCAGAGCCAGGCUGCGUACGACCUCGCCGUGCAGGGCCCCAUUCGACCCGGCUCCGGAGACCUGCCCGUCCUGUACGGCAUCAAGUGCGUGCACUUCAGUCCUCCACACUUCACUCUGGAGAUCCAGUGCAUCAACGAGUACGAGAUGUACCUGAAGACGCUGGUGCACGAGCUGGGCCUGCAGCUGCGCAGUGCUGCCACCUGCGCGGCCGUGCAGUGCAUCCGCUACGGCCACCUGACCACACAGCACGCACUGCUGCGCCGGCACUGGCGUCUGCAGCACGUCCUGGCCAACCUGCGACAGUGCGCGGAGGCACUGGGGCACGGCGCCCUAGCGCGGGACUCUGCCGCGCUCGUGGCAGGUUCCGGAUGUCGUCAACAAGCCACAGAAGCAGGAGGCUAAACGUUUGACCAUUAAACUUCAUCAGCUUCGCUUCUGACAAGUGCAUCUUAUCUGCAUGGCCGUGUACGGACUGUGAUGUAAUUGUCGCAAGAAGAGCAGUGUCUCUCUGUGUGUGAAGUGACAGCUCAGUUGAAGAUUCAGUUGCUAAGAAAGACUGCAAAUAACUAAACAUUAAAACAGAUAAUUGUUGUGUAA